AUGCCAAAAGUAUUAAACACUGAUCUUCAUUUCAAUGAUCUUAAUUAUGAAACAUUUUUUGAUAAUAAAUUUGAAGAUGAAUCAUAUAAGUUCUUAUCAAGUAAUAAACUAAAAAGCCUACAGAAACAUUAUUUUAAGUCAAACAACUUCAUCGCAGUUGCACAAAUAACAAUAAUUUUUAAUCAAAUUAAAGAGAAACAUAGGUUAAAAGCCAUUAAUGAGGAGAUACUAAUCUUUAUUUUGACCUAUAAUUUAUUAUUGUACGAUUUACGGUCCUUAAGUUAUGUUCAGUUUAUUAACUACUGCCUCCUUCAUUCACAGCCACUUUUUGGCUUAUUUGUGUACAAAUAUUAUUUCCUAUUUUAUGGUACGUUGCGUACAAAAUUUAACUCUUUUUACAAUAAACGCACUAAAGCAACUCAAAAUAUUGAUAUACUAUUCAUCCAGAAUAAUAGCACUUUUAUAUACGACUCUAAAACUAUAACAGUCCUUUUCAGUGGUAUUUUUGAGAAUGGUGUAGAAAUCAUAAGUGGCUCUGCUUCAAGAGUUAUGUGCGUGACUAGCGACUCAAUAAAAUCUAUCUCAUUCACAUGCAUCAAAAUUAAUAAGGCUAUAAAUACUCUUAAGCUUUCGAGAGGUCAUGGAGCAGACGGAAUUUCAUCCUUUCUCCACAAACAUAGUGUUCCAGAUAUUCCACUUCUUCUUCUAAAGCUGUUUACCCUCUCGAUGGAAACAGGUUCUUACCCUUACUGUUGGAAAACCGCCUACAACAUACCACGUUACAAAUCUGGAGAUAAGAUUGACAUGAACAAAUAUCGGCCGAUAAAUAUUACUCCAGUUAUCUCUAGGAUUAUGGAAAUAAUUAUAAGUGAUGAACUUUCCAACUAUUUCCUCGCUGGAAAAUUUAUCAAUGAUACUCAACAUGGAUUACUUAAAAGUCGAUCUUGUAUGACACGUCAUUUUGAUUUCUUUAAUUUAGUCUAUCCUCUGCGUAACAAAGGAUAUCUAGUCUUAGUUCUACAUCUGGACAUUUCUAAAGCCUUUGACAUGGUUAGCUACCAACUUCUUAUAGGUAAACUCGCAUCUAAUGGGGUUCAAAAUCCUUUGCUAGCUUGGUUUGAUUCCUUUCUCGGCAAUCGACAUCAAAUAGUUAAAAUUAACUCUGUUAGAAGUGGUGUAAUAAAAGGUAGUGUCUUGGGCCCUUUGCUCUUUUUAGUGUUUAUCAAUGAUAUUUAUGAGAGUUUUUGUGUGGACUUGUCGUUCGCAGAACAGAUAUUGAAACAGACCUCUAAGUCUCAACGUCUAGUAGGUUACAUAACUCGAGACCUUUAUAACAAUGAGUCACCUAUUUUAAUGUACAAAGUUUGUGUCCGACCUCUUCCAGAAUACUGCACAUUUAUUCUUAGCAGUGCGCGCAUAAAGGAUAAAUUAAGGCUGGAAUUAGUACAGAGACGAUUUACACUUCACCCUUUCUGGAAGAGGAGACUCAAAGUAAAUCUUAUCUUUUUCUUCAAAUUACUUAAUAAACUAUCCUUUACAUCCAAUCACGUGAUUCAAUAUGCAGAAACUUCUCAUUAUGACAUUCGUAAUUCCUUGGCACUAGUGAAACAAACUCAUUCUAAAUCAUCUCUUUAUAUGAAUUACUUCACCCAUAAAUUUUCUAGACUCUGGAAUAACCUACCACAAUCUAUCCGUAUGAUAAAAUCACUCCCAUUAUUUGUUCGCUGCAUCGAUGUAUACUGUUCCUCUGAAAAUGCAUUGAAUGGUCUAGCAACUGCAAGUGUAUCUCAUUCCACAAGUGAUAUUUUAGGAACUUUAAAUGUUUAG